GUUUUGAUGAUUCAAGUUUGCCGUGAUGGCAAGGUAUGGUCGGCCGCCGAUGCCAAGAUCUUGCGGGAAGAGUUCAGGAUAGUCUGUGGCAGUGGAUGCAUCUGUCGAGAAAGCAGUAACAAGGCACCUCUCUGUCGCAUCCCGCUGCAAGUGACUUCGGAGCAGUUGCAUGUGGGACGGCUGCAUGGAUUCCUGGCCCCGCCACCAGCAACGGCAACAGCGGAGGCCACACCAACUCCCGUCCUGCGGGACUGGUGGCAUAACAUGUGGAAUGCAGUCACGUCCUGGUUCCAAUCUCCACCUUCAGAGCGCAUUAGUGAUAGCAACCGGCCACCAAAGCGGCCAAAGACAGACAACGGCAAAAGCAGCAGCAGUGCGAUGGACGCAGUGAACACGACGGACGUCCCCCUUCGUCACCGCGUUUUUCAGGACCUGUGGGAAAAAGGCUUGUACAUCACGUCCGGAUCCAAGUUUGGCGGCGACUUUUUGAUUUACGAUGCGGAUCCAUUGACCACCCAUGCGAAAGCCAUCGUCCUCGUCGCGGAAUCUCCGAUAGUGUGCGCGUCUGCGUUGGCGGGCUUUUGUCGACUCGCGCGGGCCGUGAAAAAGUCGUGGGUGGUCGCGUUUGCUGACGGCAGCCACGGCAUCUCGUACACCACACUUGUCCACGUCACCACCACCACCAGAGGAGGCACCGACGCUCGAUGAUUUAAUACUAGCUUGUACAGCUCCAGCGACUGUUUUCAAACAAUAACCAACAAUGUAGUCCAGGACUGAAUA